GAGACAGCACUUCACUUGGCGGCGAGGACUGGCCAUUAUAACAUUGCGGAAUUGCUGGUAAAAGAAGGGGCCAACCUUGAGGCCAGAGAUAAUGAUGGGUGGGUCCCGUUAUAUGGCGCUGCCAUUGAAGGACACACCCAUAUUGUGGAGCUUCUACUUGCCCAUGGUGCCGACCCCAAUGCGCAGACAUCAAAUCAACGGACGCCGCUUCUUGGAGCUUUAAAGUAUAACAAUGAGGAAAUUAUCACUACUUUGCUUGCUCAGAAUCCAAACGUUCAAACCCAGGAUGACGAUGGGUACACUCCAUUACUGAUGGCCUGCCAAUACUCGACUGCAGAUAUUGUCCAAAGGCUUCUCAACCGAAAUGGGGAUGUCAAAAAUAUCAACAGCGCAAAAGAGUCAGCGUUGCAUUUAGCCGCUCGGAAUGAUAACAAAGAGGAGGUGGGACAAAUCGCAAAGAUGCUUCUGAACCAUAGUGCAGAUAUCUGGGCAAAGGCAACACUUGACCACACGCCUCUUCAUUAUGCAGCGAGCUGGGGAUGUAAGGAAAUGGUCGAUCUAUUGCUUGAGAAGGAUCCGUCGACAUAUAUACCAGACUGUGAUAAUUGGACUCCACUCCAUCAAGCAUGUUACAAGGGCUUUGGCGAUGUGGUACAAUUGCUAUUGGAUAAGGGUGCAGAUCAUACUUUGAAGACGAGCGAUACUGGCCAAGACGCAUUGACGAUGGCAGUUCAGUUCUAUGCGAAUUUCUACACUUACCGAUAUUCGGAAACAGCAG